AUGAGCGCAUCGAUUGAACUUCUACGCGAUAAAGGCAAUGAACUAUCAACGGAACAAUUAGAUGAAUGUUUCGAGGAAAUUGUUCACAAUUUAACAACGGCCAAAAGUGAAGAUAACCGGGAAGCGUUUCUCGAACUAUUGACCAAUGUUAUUCACGUGCUUACACCCAUUGACAUUACCAGCUAUUAUUCUAACCAUUCAUCGAUCGUCAGCGUCUUAUACGAUGCCUUGCUUGAUUUACUAAAGCAAGAUAUGAAUGACGCAAUCGAAGGAGUGCUAAUACAGCUCUCUAACUUCUUUCAUCAACGUCUUACGCAAUCGUUAAUGAAUAGCAAGGAUAUUAAACAAAUGUUGAUUGAUGGGAUAGUAAUGUACUUUGCUCGAAAAUUUACUCGUGGGGAACUUCAAACAAUAAUCUUUUUUAUGAAUUCCUCAAUCGAUCUAAAACAACUCGAUUGUUCGUUACACAUUCUUUUAUGUGCAUUAGAGAACCGUCAAAACGAAGAGAACAAUUUGACGGAAAUUGAAGCAGUUAUCGAUUGCGUUUGUUCUUCGACGUUUGUCCAUAUUUUUCGCUCUUUACAUUCGAACGAAGACGAACUCACAUCUGAUCAGGAAUCAUUAUUAGUUGGUUGUGUGACUCGAAUUUAUCGCUAUAACAACCUGGAUAAAGCAACUGAUUUAAUGCGAAAGGUCGCUCGUUCGCUUCCUGACUAUGCUCAGCUCUUGAUAGAAUUCGUACCGCCACGAAACCCAAUACACAUCAAGGUCUUGCGUCAUUUUGUUAAUAUGCUUCAAUUUUUGGCCAUUGAUAACGAUGUAAGGCAUGACUAUAUUAAUGAUCAUGCGCUAAUGUUAGAUCCUCUUCUCGUUAUUUUACGUGAUGAGUUUCUAUGGAAACAAAUUAGUGACAAUGAUACGACAGAAUUGUUUGACAAUGCGGCCAAUUAUUUGUUCUUGUUGUCAUUGGAAUGUAAUCUUCUACCGGUGAUAAAAGCUAAGCCGAAUGUUUCCAAGUGCAUGUUAAAGUUGACAGAAGCCGAAAGCGACAGAACACGGCUCAAUGGCUAUCGGACAUUGGCGAUGAUCAUGACCGAAGAUGAAGUCAAAUUGUUAACAGAACCUGACAAAAUUACGGCUAUAUUUUUGAAAUACUUCAAUUCCGCGAUUGAUACCAGACAACAUCGGCGUCUUCUCGAGAACUUGUUACUUUGUUUGAAAAGCCUCGCUCAGCACGAACAGAUCAGAGACGAGUUCGCCAGUUCGAGUUCUGGUAUUCCAUUGCUGGUUCGUUGUGCUACUGAGUCGCAAUUCGAUUCAACUAUUGUAAAGCAACGUUCCUUAGAACUUCUUCUUGUAAUGACAUUCAACAAACAAGCAGCAAACAUGAUUCGAGACAAUAACGAGUUGAUCGCACAUAUCAAGAUCUUGUCACAGUCCCACGAAGUCGCACUUCAACGUGUUGCCGACGGUAUUCUUUGGAAAUUGGGAAAUGAAGAUCAAAUUAUAACCGAUGAUAAAGACAAGACAGAACAGAAAGAAACAAGUGAGAACACGUCCAUGAAUAAAAGUCAGACUGAACUGUCUGCAACCAAAAAGCAGUAUGAAUAUGAUAUUAUGAUUAGUUAUUCACAUAAUGAUAAAGAGCUUGUUUAUCAAAUACAAGAACGUCUUGAAAAGGAUACUUUUCGUGUUUGGCUGGAUCGUGAUAAUAUGUAUGGUUCACCAACACGUGCCAUGUCUCACGCUAUUGAAAACAGCGAAAGUUAUUCACAUAAUGAUAAAGAGCUUGUUUAUCAAAUACAAGAACGUCUUGAAAAGGAUACUUUUCGUGUUUGGCUGGAUCGUGAUAAUAUGUAUGGUUCACCAACACGUGCCAUGUCUCACGCUAUUGAAAACAGCGAAUUCGUCUUCUUUUGUAUGUCGGACUCGUACAAAAAAAGUGGAUUCUGCGAAUUGGAAGCACAUUAUGCAUACAAACAGCAAUGCCGUAUCAUUCCACUCAUUGUCAAAGGUCCUUAUCGUGCAGACGGUUGGCUGGGUCUCCUGACCACAAACAAAAUUUAUAUUGACUUUCAUAAAGCUAAAUCAUUCGAUGAAGCAUACAGUAGAAUCAUUCAAGAAAUCAAUGGAUAUCGGACCAGCGCAGCUUCAAUUGUUCCGGCAGUGGUCAAGGAUCACGAAUCGACAGGCCAUGUGGUCGAUAUUAAGCCUGUAGCUAUCCUUAGUGCACCUUCAUUAUCUCGAACUUUGCCACACAUGUUAAGUCUUUGGUCUGAAGAUGAUGUGAAGUAUUUCUUGGAGAGUAAGAACCUUCACGCUAUGUUACCCAUAUGUACAGGCAUGAAUGGAUCAACAUUAUGCGCACUGCACACCAUGUGCAGAAUGAACUCGAAUGGAAUGUAUGAAUCUCUGAAAACAGAAUUAGCUCAAUCGAGUUCAAAGAUAUUACCAAUUGGAACAUAUCUGAAGUUUAUGGAAGAAACGAAAAAAUACGUUCUCGUCGCUCCUGGCGAUACAAAUGCUGUUUCUGUGGUUUGCUCUAUCAUGUAG